AUAAGGAGAAUUUCACAUGAGAGAUACCACAUGUAAGUGCUUCCUUAAGUUCGUUUGACGUUAAUCAUUAGCUUUGCACUUUUCAAGAUGUGCUUCUUCUAACACCAACCAGCGCCGACCUUACAUUGAGUCUUCCUUUCAAAGACAGCUUUAGAGGGAUUGUUAAAAGUAGCCUUACGCAAAGUUGAGUUUUUAUAGUGUUCAGAUGAUUUUAUAGUGUUUAAAGCGGAUCGAAACCACAUUUACACCUAAUGACAAACUUAUAUUUUAUCUUUGGAACCCUGGAAAAGUACGUGUUGUUCUUCUGUCAAGUUUCCUGUUUGGCUAACAAGACUAAUAUACAAUGCAGUAUGUAAUGUUCGUCACCGCUAUCUAUACAGUAGCCGCGUGUUUGCUUUCACAAAGCUCGUGCUUUCUGGUAGAUGAUCACUGUCCAGCUCCACCGCCAUGCACGUGUUCUUCCAUUUCUACACCACAGGGCCCGCUCUUCUACAUUCACUGUGACUAUAAGACAUUAUCAAAGAUGCCAACCUUCUCACCUUUACAACAACAAUAUCAUUUUUAUCAGCUGCGAGUGCACUUUGAACAUAACAGCAUAUCUUACAUUCCAGAGUACGCAUUCCAAGCCCUUACCAAAUUGUCUACAAAUCACAUACUUCUGUUUUUGAGCGAUAAUAAAAUUUCCAAUUUAAAUGUUGAUGCAUUUCUUGGUAUAGAAAACACAACAUUUGUGGAUCUCGAACUAGGAAACAACAAUUUAACGUCUGUGCCGCUUGCAGUGAAACAAAUCAAACACAUUCGUUUACUUGAUUUAACAGGUAAUCCUAUACAUUCGUUGGACAGCUCUGUUCUUUCAUCAAUUGGCCAUUCCCUUGAAGUACUAGAACUGGACCUUUCACUGUUCUCAGAAUGGCCGAGAGAGCUUCGUCUGCUGGGAAAAAUGAAUUAUCUAUAUUUGAAAAACACACCGUUUACUCAUCUUAAUAAAGAUGCUUUCAAUGGUUUUGGUCAAACACUUGUUUUAUUAGAAUUUUUCGGUUCUCAUUUAGAAUAUUUUCCAGGGGCUAUUUGCAAAUUGCCAACGUUGUAUUUACUUACAAUCGACAACUCUCCAUUCAUCAAUGACAACGGAUCUUCCCUCUUUUCCCAGUGUCACGACCAGUUAUCAGACUUUGAACGUCUAUCACUUACCUCUAACAACUUGCACAGUUUUCCAGACGUUUUGCGAAUUGCUCCAUCUUUAACAAAUAUUCGUUUGUAUAACAAUUCACUGGAACUUAUAGAAUCAGAAAAAGUUCCUGCAAACAACUCUGUGGGUAUUAUUAAUCUGAGCAAUAAUAAAUUUAAAAGAAUUCCAGCUGCACUUAAUGAUUUUAGUAAGCUCACCACCCUGUACAUGCAACACAAUGAUAUAAUUGCUUUAGAAAGUAAUGACUUCAUUGGGCUACCGCUUUUGCAAACGCUUAAUCUUAAUGUGAAUCCCAUCCGAUAUGUAUCUAAUAAAGCAUUUCGCAACAACAAACAACUUGAAGAAUUAUACCUUGGUGAUACCGCUAUGAAAACAAUUCCACAAGCCAUUCUUAGCCCUCCAAAAUUGUCUACAAUAGACAUGAGUAAUAUAUUCAUAGAUUGCACCUGUGAUAUGUCCUUCUUGAAACACUUGAAUGCCUCUGCGUUGCUGUCAGGUCCAAUGUGUACUUUCCGUAGAGUUACAGUUAAGCAAUACAUUACAACAUCUUUACAACAAUGUCCGUAAUUCGUCUAUAUACUCUUGAAUCGCAACACCAUUUAACAACUCCAUGCCGAAAAUUGGGUUAUAAAUAAAAGAGCAAGGUUUAAUGCAACCUUGUCGUCUGUGGGACAGAGGGUGUUGGUUUUUGAAUGCUUAAAAUCUCUUAAACUAAGGAUUUUGUAAAGUUUGUUUCUCAGCAGCAGAUGUGAAGUGAAAAAAAAAAAAAAAAAAAAAAAAAAAAAAUGCCAUAUACUUCUUGGUUGGACAUUGUUUUUAAGCAUUUGUAGUGUUUAUUUAUCUCAUGUGCAUUAUUUCAAUAGUGACAUCAGCAAAAAUUCGCUGAACGUCUUUCAGUUAUUAAAAUAAUUUCAAAAUAUAAAUCGUGGCAACGGGCCGUUCUUGAUUUCCCUGUUAGUAUUCACACAACAUUUUCAGUUUCAGGUGAGUUUGAUGAUGAAACUUUGUCAUUUAUAUUCUACAUAAGCAUGUUUGAAGUUAAAUGUUAAGUAAAUGCCAAUUUUCAAGUGACUAUUCAGUACUGAUAUUCAGUCUCAAUUUGAAGUUAAGUCGAAGUUCUAGUAAAAUGCCAACCUCAAACUUAGCUGAGACUAAAAAAUUUUCUGUGAACAUGAGACAUGCUGUUUGAUUAGUUGAAUAAUUUAUUCUCUGCUGUAUUUACAGUUAAUUUAUUGUAUAUUCAAUAAAUGCGUUUUUGGAUUCCAUUUGUUUUGCUAUAUUCAUAAAUUUCUAUCAUGCUGACUUAACAUUGUACAUGUAUACGUGUAUAUGUAAAUUGUUUGUGUAUGUAGUAAUGAGACAUUAACAAAGGUGGCUAGCUACAUGUUUCAGUACUCAUUAACUGUCAUUGCAGGACAAUUAGACAUAAAGUCAUCUCUUUUUUUUUUACUUUGGCUGCUCUAUACAAAGAUAAAUCAAAUUGAAAAGUAGCAACCGGGUACAUUUGUUUACAUUUCACAGUUUGAAAAUGCAUUUGCAUGUUUAAUAUAUAGAGCUCCAAUCAAUGUUGGCAACUUUCAAGUAAAUGUCUUUUACUUGCUAUUUGUUUGCAAAGUCAUGCGUGCAUAUUUUUUAAAUUUAUUAUUUGUAAAUUAAUGUUAAAUGUCUUGCGUUCGUUAAGUAGUAUCUCGUCGGAAACGAAGAUGCAUGAAAUUUCUGCAGAUGGUAACUUUAUGAAAAUCUGCUCUCGUAUUUAACAAAAAGAAAACAAACAAACAAACAAAAAAAAAAAAAAAAAACAACAAAUAUAAAGUCAACUGCUUUAAUUUAUUAUAUUGAAUGAUGAAAUACAUACAUUUAUCGAGACGGGUUUAUAGUGUUCUAACUCACUGGCAAAUCAUACACAUGAAACAAUAUCGCUCCGCAUUUGACUAUAGACUUUGCUUCUGACCAAGUUUGUUGAACAUCCACCAAGUCAGAGCUUCAUUCAGAGAUAUCGUUCGUUUUUUUUU